CGACGAUAUCAGCUAUGGUCCAGCUUUCCUUUAGCAUGAUGGAUAUUAUUGCGCUCUCGGCCCGUAUCGGCCGUGACUGUGGCGGAUACGAAGAGUAUCGAGUCUAUCGACUAUCGAGCGUGUACUAACUUAAUUUAGUGUACUAACUUCAUUGCGGACUGCAUGGCACUGCGGGGACAGAACAAGAGCUUAUCCUGACAGCACUUUCCACAGUCAUGUUCGUUCCGCCGCGCUGUGACCCCUUGGAGCUAAUUUUUUGCGAGCUGUGUAAGAAAUGGACGCAUGUCCCAUGCUUUUUGCAUGCCAAACGCGUACGAGAUGCUGCUGCAGUGCCGUAUUCUGUCAUUUCUGUGGCAAGCCUUCCCAACGUUUUGUACUUGGAUGUGCCUCAACAUGGCCAGUCUGGCAAAGCGGUUUUCGCCAAGGAAACCAUUCCGCGUAUGACAGUUUUCGGUCCAUUAAUCGGUGAACUCAGUACAAGUAAAUCGGCGGAUGUGGCGUUUGCCUGCGGAAAGCCAACGACAAAACGACUGCAUUAUUUCCAGCUGGAAUCGGAUAAGACUUCCAACUGGAUGAAAUUUGUUAGAUUUGCAGCAACUCCAGAGGAGCAAAAUUUGGCUGCAUUCGAAGUUAAAGAAACAUCUCCAUUGCUAUCCGAUCCGGAUGCUAUUUCCCCCACACGAACUCAUGUGUUAUUUGUUUCAACGAAAGCGAUUUUGCCGGGCGAUGAACUGAAGGUGGCGUACUCGCUAAUUUAUUGCCAAGAUAUCGGCUGUCCUGUGCGGUUGAACGCUCAACAAGCAGGCGACAACGUAAUAGCAGCCAGUCAUAUUGGUGGUGAUGACCACGAGGAUCCGUCUUCCACGUGGAAAAUCCUUGUUAGGACGAGAACCCACCUUCGGCCCAUUAUCGUACCGAGAGAUGGUUCGGGACGACCCGUUAAUACAGUCCGGUUGAUGCAUAAUCAUAAUGAACCGCACUCCGAAUCUACCGAGAAUGGUGCGUCCCUAAAAGAUAAGGAAAAUCACAGCACUCGAGCUUCCGAUUCCACGAUUUCAGAUGCACGUGCGCAAAAGCGCAGAAAGCUAUCCAUCCCUGUGCGCAAGGUCUUGCCGCCAGACAAAGAUUCCGCCGUCAAUUUGCCGGGCGAUAUAGCGGUUGUUAAUGCGCAGGAGAUAGCCGCUGUCGUAACGCCAGUCGUCUCAGUUGAACCGGAAGCUAAUACCGGUGUUGUGGGUAGCGAUGAUGCGGGGACUGACAAAACAGGCGGAGACAUGCCGGUGUUGCCGGACGGUAGUUGUCGAUUGACGCCGUCGAUUGAACCUGUCGAGGAUGAAGGUGCAGUAAACGCGGCAGAUGCACCGAUAGAGAAAAUGAACCGACUAAAAUCGAUAGCCCCACUUCAAUUGCGGAAAAGAGGAAUAUGUCCGGUUUGCGGGAAGCGAGUGUUGAAUAUGGCCUACCAUUUGGGGAAGAUGCACACCGACAAGGAUAUCCAAAAGCAUCCGGCCGCGAUGCAGCGCACCACGAAGACCUGGAAGCACAAGCGUCCGGAUUGUGGAGAGCGGUUCAGCACUCAGCGGACGUUGGAGUUCCACACUGAGGUUCAACGUAAAAGCUUGCAGUGCUGGUACUGCGCUAGGGUGUUCGGGACUUUCAGUCUGCUUAACAGUCAUGUCGUGGACCACAGAGUUAACGGGAAAUACCCAUGUCCGGUGUGCGCUAAGAGCCUGUCCACCUAUCCGCUUCUCAACAUCCAUUAUCUGAUGCACCAUGACCCCACGCGCUUGAUGGCGUGCAGCAUAUGUCAGACUGCUUGUUGCGGAAAGGACAAACUUGACGAACAUAUGGUGACGUGCCACAACAAUGCGGACCCAUCGGGUGAAACGACGAUGACUCCAAGGAGCAAAACAGUGCGCCGUGGACGGCCACCUGGCUCUAAAUCACGCGUGUGUGAUGUUUGUUUGAAGCAGUUCAACAAUUAUCAAGCCCUUUGGCUCCAUCGACGCACCGUGCACUUGGGGAAGAAGCUGAAAUUGUCGCCGGCGAAAGUGCCUAUGCAGUGCAGUCAGUGCGACAAGAUGUAUGCCAGUAAAUACACUUUGUUAACACACAUGCGCAGGAAGCAUAUCGGCGAUCUUCAGGAAAAGAACAGAAACGAAUGUACGGAAAGAAUAGCGGCCGGUCUGCCGGCCAGUCCGCACCCCAGACAUAUCAGGCCGCGCCUUCGAACAGCCUUUGAGGAUUUCCAGUAUGAAUGCGAAGAAUGCCAUCUGCGGUUUUUGUGGCAGAUUUCCCUGAAGACACACGACACAAUCCGGCAUCCAGAGAGGGCUUCGGCAUCCGAGCGGCAGACAUUAAUUCCGUGAGGCUUAGCUAUCGGUUCUGAUUCAGUUCGGUACCUGUUUUAGACCGGAAACGACUGCAGUUUCAGUAUUUCAGAAAUCAGUACUCUCGAUUCAAUUUAUUUUUCCAGCUGUACGUCACUGCAAGUGGGCAUCCGUACAAGCAUUUUAAACGCCGUUUAGUCUGCUAACGUACUGUUUACCUGACGCGGUAGUUUCUAGUGAACGGAGCCUAAGCCAUGUGAAAUCUAAAAUUCCCUAAUAGAAACCGGCAGCGUUCUCGCUGAGUCUCGUUGGUAGUACCGUAUUGCGUUCGUACGCACGCUGUUAAUUGACAGUUCCGUGGAUUUUCUAUCACGUAACCUAUGUAGAAUGUAUCGGCUGUGUUUGAUGUAAGCUGUAUACA